UAUGACCAACGCCAGAUGUGUCGUAAUUACUGAAUCGAGAAGUUUCAUCUUUUUAGUGAUUACGUAUGUGUGUUAAUUUAAUUUUACAUGGAUAAUUACGGAAAUCCGCAUUUUCAGACAAUGCUUGAGCAUACAAAACAAGGAAUUUUCAAUAUCUAUAUUAACCCAUCAUUCCAUGGGCCUAAAAAAAGUGUUAUUCAUAUAAAUCCUAAAGUUCAACUAAACGUGCCAGUUCAUGUUAAUCCAAAAAUGGUAAACGCUUUGUCGACAUCAGGAACACAAAGAGAAAGGUUUUUAGUUCAGGAGAAGCAAACUAUACUUCAUAGAAAUCCAAAACCGAGUGUUCAGAAUUCUGUUUAUGUUAAUCCAAAAUUAAUGCAAAAACUUACCUCUAAAACUACAAAAUAUGAAUCUGUACCUGAAAUAGUAAAUAAGCAACAGGCAACUCCUCAGUUACCAACAGUUCAAAAGCCCAUUACAGUAGUAAAAACGAAAAUGAAAAUUGUUAAUAAUAAUAGCAACAGUAGUACAAAACCACUAAGUGUUAAGAAAAAUUCUCCAUCCAAGAUAGUUUUAUUAUCUAAUAGAAAGUUAAUUAGAAUACGUUGUGCAACUAAAAAAGUACUUAGUUAUCCAUCACCAGUUAAAAAAAUUAAACCCAAUCAAAUCAUUAAUAUCAAUCAGCCUAAGCAGUUUGUGUCGAUGAAUAAAAAAAUUGUAGUAGAAAAUAAAACCAAAAAUGUAGUAAAUAGACCUGUUGUUCCUAGUAUUUCAUCAACUAAUAAGUAUAAACUUGAUAGAACUAAAGUUCAGAAGAAGAAAAUCAAUGUAAUUCGGGUAUCCAAAAGUAAAGUAGUUGGAAGGAGGAAUACGAAUUUAAUUAAUAUUGAUGGAGUAUUAUAUAAAUCAUCAAAAUCACAACUUGUGAAGAGUAGCAGCAAUGGUCAAUCAAGUGAAUCGGGCACGAAAAAGAGUUUGAAUAAUUCUCGAACUAAAAAUGUUUAUAAAAAAGUAAAAUCAGAUAGUAAAAUUACGAAAGUAAAGAAUACAAAUUCAAAAUUAAAUAUAAGUAGGGCAUCGAUCACUAGUUUCGUACAAAAAUCUAAUUAUAAGCAUGUAUUAAGUAAUAGAGUAAAACAAAAGUCCAUACAAAUCUUGAGGCAAAAAAUGUCGAAAAACAAUCAGCCAUGUUUACUUUAUCAACGAUUUGGUUAUUGUGCUAAAUUCGUCGAAGGAACAUGUCCUAAAGUCCAUGAUAAGAAACAAAUAGCAUUAUGUAAAAACUUUCUACAAGGUAAAUGUUUGCUCGAUAAAUGUCCAUUAUCUCACGAAGUAGGACCAGAAAAAAUGCCUACUUGUAAAUAUUUUCUCGACGGUUGUUGCGUGCGUGAUUCUUGUCAAUAUUUGCAUGUCAAGGUUGCUGCAAAUACUCCUAUUUGUAUAGCUUUCUUGAGAGGAUACUGUGAGAAGGGUACAGAGUGCAGCGAACGACAUACAAAUAUUUGUCCAGAGUUUGAAAAAACUGGAAAGUGCUCAAAAGGUAAGAAUUGCCCUUAUCCUCAUAAAUCAUUUUUGUUAGCUAAACAAAAAUCUUGUAAGAAGCCAAAAAUGAGCACCUUCAAUAAGCAAACGAAAAAUUUCGAGAAACAAGAUGCUUCCUUCCCUCGCGAUGAAAGUAAAAAGCGAUAUUACGAUGACAAUAAUCUAGACAAGGAUCUCUCGAUCAAAAGAACAAAUAUUUUAAGUAGAAUUAAUGCAAUGAAAUCCCUCCAUUUGGAUUCCGAACAAAAUCUUGUAAUAGCACAAGAUUCAUCUGAUAUCAGCAACAAUUUACACCAACAACAAUCAGAUAAAUCUUCACAGCCUGAUAGUCAAAAUGUACUGUUAAGAAGGCAACCGAUUGGACCUUUACCUGCCUAUAUUCCUAUUGAAUGAUUUUAACUCGCGUAUUUUGCUUAUUGUAGGUCUUAAUUUCUACCAAUUACAAUAAGUAAGCAAUAAGAUGUAUAAAUUUAUCAGAGUUAAAUAAAGUUUUUAUAUUAUAUAUUUAUAA